UGUAGAGAAUAGGGAUGAAAAUUCCGGAGAAAAUCAAAUGUUGUUUCGGGAAUUUUACUAAAUUUCGUUUUUUUCGCUUUUUUCCUGUUUUAUUCAGAAAAAUUAAAUACGUCAUACAUAAUGCCACUGAUGAGUGAUGACAGUGUCAAAUAUAUAAAAUGCUCAUUAAAAUGCCAGACACUAACACAUUAGACGUGCAACCUUAACCUUCCUGUUUAAAUUCCCAAUUAAAUUAAUAUGGAAAAGUUAAAAAAAUACUUUCUUUUUUCGGUUUUAAAUUUGCAUUGUUUGUUUCGAAAGAAACUUGAAAAAAAACAAGUCGUUUGGAAAUUUUCCCGUAUUUUCCUCGGUUUUUUCAACGCUAGUAGGGAAGUCCCGUUUGCACCAACACUUUGCCAUACCCAAGAAUGCAGGUUAUCAUUUUUCAAACAUCUCACCCGCCAAAAUAAAUAAUAUGUCUGCGGUUAUUAUAAUACUUAUGCAACUGUUUUCUGCGGAACCUAAGUAAAUGUAUCAACAAGAAGAGUCAACAGUAGUUAAGGCUCCGUACCAUAAUCACUAUAAUCAGAGUUGAUUUUUCAUAAGAUAUAGGAGGCAAACGAGUGGACGAAUCACCCGAUGGGUUCCGUAACACCAGAGGGGUUGCAUGCGUUACCGGCUGUUAAGAUGCGAGUACGCUCUUUUCUUGGAGUUUUUGAUUUUAUUUAUGUGAUUGUUUGUUGUAUAUGGUUUUUUUUAUGUCGUACAUUUCACAGUAGUGUCGAAGUUACUGAACGUUUUUCGUUAAUAUAGACUAGGUACAUUUAUCGAUUUUAAAAAAGAUUAUGUGCGAAAGUAGUCUUUGAUCGGGUCAGGUUAAGGAUGACUCACGCUAGACCGGUCCGGUCCCGGGCCGAGGCGUCCGACACGUCAUUUUCUAUGACGGCUGAUCGGUCAUCACGUGGUGCUUUCCAUAGGAAACGAAGCUCCGGAAGCACUGGCCAUACGUUAUAGAUUGUCAAACUUGUUUUAUUAAAGCUUCAGUGAUGUAAAACAUCGAAUGGUACCAAGGAGCCUAGCAAAGAUGACCAUCGUACGUGGACACACGACAAAAGAAAAGAAAACAUUGUAUCGGGAUAACAAAUGCUACGAAUAGUCACGUGACAAUUUCAACACAUUUAUUCCAGUUAGUAAGCUUUUUUCCCUGUGAUUUCCGACACAUUUUGAACGACAACUUUACCUCUUCACAUGGAUGGGGAUUCUCCAGAAACUUCCUUCCGAAUAUUAUCGCCCGCGGUAUUUCCGGACCGAAACAACCUUCAGACAUUCAAGAGAAUAGCGUAGUCCCAUUUCAAAUGCAGGUAACGCACUUUCAACCUUGGUGCAUUCGUCUGCUCGUUUGCCUGCUCAUAAGAAACAUAGAUUUCUUUGUUACACAAAAUGUUAGCUUCGCCUUAACACCUUCGUCUAUGCGUCCAAUCAUGGCGUUCCUUGCGUCACUCACUCAGUUAUCUCCUAAUACCCAACCACACAACUAACAACUGUUUUGUACAAAAAAUAUUCGCGAAUCGCGAGAAAAAACAAAGAAAGUGAGCCAGGUUGUGAUGAGUUGGUUUGUCCUUGAGUUCUCGUGGAAAAUUUUAUAUAUCGUGGUUUUUGAAGAGUGAGUGUGAUGGGUUAAGCUUUGGUUAAGAAUAGCAGUGAGUUGUGGAGGUGUACUUUCAGGAUCGAUUGAAAAAGUCGACGCGAGAUGUUCGGCGCUCGAUGCCUGUGGCUGCUGUUGUGUUACGCUCAGUGUGCAAGAACAAAUCUUGACACUGACUACGAAGGGGUCGCUACCAUCCUCUCCCAGAAUGACGACCGCAGUGUGGACCUGCCGGUAGAGCUGGGCACGGACACUGCCUCCGGCUGCAUCUGCCGCGCCAGCAAGCACCGACACGUCAUCGUGUGCUUCGGCAACUACGAGUGCAAGACGUUUCCCAAGAUUCGAUAUAUAAGCAAGUCCCUCCGUGUACGGACCACAGCCAUCACAAGUUUACGAAAAGGUGACCUCGAAACCCUGCAUCACCUGAAAAUCCUAGAGGUCGAAGCCAACCACAUGCUCAGAUACAUUGAACCAGGCGUCUUCAGUAACAUGAGCAACCUUCAGCAACUCUCCAUCUCCUAUAACACUCGCCUACAAACCCUGGCUCAAGAUACAUUCGAAGGCCUGACGAAUCUCCAUAACCUUACCUUAGUCAAUAACGGUUUCAAGAACAUACUUGACCUGACUUCCGCGUUCCAAGUCAGCAUCCUACCCUCUUUAAGAGGUCUAGACUUAUCAGAGAACUGUUUCGAACAAAUACCGGAAGAAGCCUUCAUUCCAAUGGUAGGAACUUCACUAAAACAUCUCGAAAUACACUUAUGUUCUCUUGACUUUAUACACCCCAAUAGUUUUCUACCGUUGAAAAAUUUAAAAGAGCUGCAUGUUGGAGAAAAUGAUCUUAACUCUAGUUUGAUUGGCAAUUUUUUACUAAAAAUGAUGCAAGAAGGCAUCAAUUUGACAAACCUGAACUUAUCUGGUAUGGGCUUCAGAAAACAGCCGCCACGACGUCUGAUUAACAUUAUAGCGCAAACAACUAUAAAGAGUCUCAACUUGGCCCAAAACCAGUUCGAAGUCCUCAACGAUGACGCUUUUCCUCGCAUGGAAAAUAUCGAAGUCAUAGAUUUGAGAAGAGUCUCCGCUAUCACAAUAGGACCGAACACGUUUGACGACAUCAGGUUUCCUAACCUAAAAGUCUUAUUGCUGGGAGGAAACAACUUACCCGGAGAUCACCAAACUCACCUAUCUAACCAACUCAUUCUACUAGACUUGUCCAGUAAUAAGGGCAGCGCAGCAAACCCUUUGUAUUAUGAAAUAGGCAAGGACACUUUCAGCCAAAGUAAGAAACUGAGAGUGCUUAACCUUUCAUAUAACCGAAUAAAAACUAUAUUUGAAUAUACUUUUAGAGGACUGGAGAAGUUACGGAUUUUGAACCUUGAAAAUGCCACAAUAUAUUUUAUAGGACGUGACACGUUCAAGCCGCUCAGACAGCUUGAACUACUGAACCUAGCUAAUAACCCUUUAGUCGCCAAUGAGAAUCUAACUAGCGCACAGUUUAACGGUCUCAAUGAACUGAAAAUACUUAUAUUGAUGAACUGUGGCAUCAAACGGUUUUACGACAAUGACAAUAUCUUUGAAAUGAUGCCAAAUCUGACACAUUUAAACUUGAAGAACAAUCAACUAUACUAUAUCACAGCUGAAACCAUCAAGCCAUUAAAGUUUCUUCAAGUAUUAGACUUAAGUCAAAACCUUAUUAUAUCGUGGUGGAAACCUCUGUUUUUGGCAGCUGGAGUCACACCCAAGCGAUUAUAUUUAAUGAAUAACAAGAUAUCACACUUUUCAGUCAGCAUGAUGCAAGAUAUCAGCUAUCUUUUGGAAGAUGGAAGAAACUCGACUGCUGAAGUGGAUCUCAUGGACAACAUUUUCGUUUGCGAUUGCAGCACAAUGUACGACACUUACUUAUGGCUCGACAAAAACGGAUCUUCCGUGCUUAAGGACUAUUUUUCUCAAUCACAGUUCCAAUGUAGCAGCCCUGACGUUUGGGAGGACAGAAAAGUCUCGGAAUACUUAUCAUCGGUGAAGAAACUACACUGUUUAGUUUACCAAAAGAUUUCAAACAUCAUGGUGCUCGUUUGGACAGCGCCAUCUCUCGUAACGAUCCUAUUAAUUGUGUCUUCUGUAACGAUUAUCUACAGAUAUAGGAUAUACAUUCGAUAUUGGAUAUUCUUAGCUAAAUUGGCACUAGGAAGGACGUUAAUAGCUAAAACUCCAAAGACAGAAAACAUGGUUGAAAAAGCUUAUAAAUAUGAUUCCUUCGUAUCAUAUUGCGCUGACGAUAGGGAGUUCGUAAUGGAGAUGGUAUCACAAUUAGAAUCGUCGCCUCCAUAUUUAAAGCUUUGUGUUUAUGAGAGAGACUUCGAAAUAGGUACGUUUAUCUCAGAAUCCAUAGUGACGAGCAUAAAUGAGAGCAGAUACAUAAUUUUAGUCAUUAGCAACAGUUUCAUUAGGUCACAAUGGUGCCGAUGGGAGACACAGCUGGCAGAGUAUCAUAGACUAUUUCUAGAAGAUGGAUCAGCAUACGAUCCGUUGGUAUUGAUAAAAAUAGGUGAGAUAGAUAGCAAAUAUUUGACAACGACUUUAAAGUACCUUCUUAAAACAAAGAUAUACCAUUCCUGGGACGAAAAUAAUCCAGAAGAGUUUUGGAAGAAAUUGAAAAAUGUUUUAUCAAAGAAGUGAAGUUAAAAUGUGUUUCGUUCGUCAUAGAAUUGUUUUAUUAUACAUUUUUUAAUUGUAUAA